AUCAGUAUGUCUGGUCGUGGUAAAGGAGGUAAAGGUCUCGGAAAAGGUGGCGCUAAGCGUCACCGAAAGAUCCUUCGUGAUAACAUCCAAGGUAUCACCAAGCCAGCCAUCCGUCGUCUUGCUCGCCGUGGCGGUGUCAAGCGAAUCUCCGGCCUCAUCUACGAGGAGACCCGUGGUGUUCUCAAAGUCUUUCUUGAGAACGUGAUUCGUGAUGCUGUGACAUACACGGAGCACGCCAAGAGAAAGACUGUGACAGCCAUGGAUGUGGUGUACGCUCUGAAGAGACAAGGCCGCACUCUGUACGGAUUUGGCGGUUAGACAGACCAUCCUGACACAAUACAAACGGCUCCUUUAGGAGCCACCAAAUGCAAAGAAAGUCAUGA